AUGUCUUCACCAGUGUUUGGGACUGAGAUAUCAGUACUGGAGGGAACCUCUGUGACCCUUGUCUGCAGAUACAUUGGGGCUAAAAAGCUUGACACAUGCUGGAGCAGAACUUGUGGAACCUUUCAGUGUACUGAUCCCAUAAAGGAAGAUCAAUCCAAAUAUAAAGUUAAUGCUGGAGAUGGAACAGUAAAAUUCACCAUUUUAAACAUUCAGCCUGUAGACAGUGGGAGCUACUGCUGCAGAGUCGAGAUCCCUGGAUGGUUCAAUGAUUUUAAACAAUUCUACCGCCUGAGGGUAGUCAAAGGUAAGUGUUGCUCACUUCAUACUACAGGAUAUCAAUGGGUUUUGCUCAGUGCAGAUGUCACCUUACAGUAGGAAGGAACAUGAAGGUUUAAAGUCUUCUUCUCCAUGUAUGAAUGUUGUAUUUCUGCAUUACUAGUGUGUUUCAGUGUGUUCUCUCACUAAGUCUGUACUGCUGGUAAUGUCCUCUUGCUGCCUAGUUGUGCUUUAUCCUGUCCCUUUCUGAUGGUCUGUAUGGUGAAAUACAGUAUGUCUUGGUUACAGGUUGUGAGAGGGACCUACUGGAUGGAGUGGAUUUUCUGGGGAACAAUACAGAGAAUCACCUAAUUACAAAUGAAAAUGCAAGUCAGUGCAGGCAGGAAUGCACCAACAAUGACAAGUUCCAGUACUUCACAUUUGUUGGGGAAAAGGCAGACAUAAAAGAACACAGGUACAUGCAAAAAAUAUAUAUAUAUUUUGUGCUUGGGCAAAUAAAGGCAGCAAUAUAAGUUUUAGAUCAGCACCAUUCUGAUAACUACUACCACAUUCUUUGUGAUAUUUAUCCCACAGCAACAAGUGUUUCCAGAAGGCCUCAACUGGUGAUACACCCGAAAUUACAAUACAGUACCUCCAACAUGCAACCUCAGGCUACUCUCUGAGAAACUGCAGUGGUAAA